GCGAAGGGUAAAAUAGUAACCCCAACACUUAAACCCUAGUACAUUAAACACUUGUACCCUGCGCCGUCUUCUCCAAGCUCUCUCACCCUCGUCUGAAACUCCAGCCUCCAGAAACCAUGGCCGCUGCGGAUGUUGCUGCUCCUGUAUUGGAACCAACGCUGGCGCACUAUGACGUGAAGCUCUUCAACCGCUGGAGCUUCGAUGAUGUCCAGGUCAGUGACAUUUCACUGGCGGAUUACGUUGGAGUUGCACCUUCCAAGCAUGCAACUUACGUACCACACACUGCUGGGAGAUACUCGGUCAAGCGAUUCAGGAAAGCUCAGUGCCCUAUUGUGGAGAGGCUUACAAACUCACUCAUGAUGCACGGCAGAAACAAUGGAAAGAAACUCAUGGCUGUCAGGAUUGUUAGGCACGCAAUGGAAAUUAUUCAUUUGCUAACUGAUCUGAACCCAAUCCAAGUUAUUGUUGAUGCUGUUGUUAACAGUGGUCCACGUGAAGAUGCAACUCGUAUUGGAUCUGCUGGAGUUGUUAGGCGUCAGGCUGUGGAUAUCUCGCCUUUGAGGCGUGUGAAUCAGGCUAUCUAUCUCCUCACAACCGGUGCUCGUGAGUCUGCUUUCAGGAACGUCAAAACUAUUGCCGAGUGUUUGGCCGAUGAGCUUAUUAAUGCUGCCAAAGGUUCCUCUAACAGUUAUGCAAUCAAGAAGAAGGAUGAGAUUGAAAGAGUUGCCAAGGCCAACCGUUAAGAGGCUGCAAGAAAAAUUUAUGCAGGGAGGAAAAUUUUGUAUGCGUUUUUGUUAUUUACGCAUUAUUUAGAAUUUGUCUGUCCUUUUAUGUUGCGAAAACCAGGUAUUAUAAAAGAGGAGCACUUCAAAUGUUAAUGAAGAUAGGCAUUGAGGAUAUGUUUACUUAUGGUUGAAGGUUGAUAAAAAUGAUUCAACACUUAUAUUUCAGCUUGGAUUUGGAUGUUUCACAGAACAUUUGCUUAUUAUCAACAUAUAUUUGCAUCA